AGGGGAGGGGAGGAUGCUGACAGAGAGGGGGACGCGCGAGGAGGUGGGGUGUCUAUGACAUCACCCCCUCAGCUCUCCGCGCGGCCAGCUGCGCGCUUCCUGCGAGCGCGGCUCCGGAGCAGUGCUGCCAUACCGCACACGGCGAGCACUCUGCACUACCGGGUGAGGAUUUCCAACCUUCUGCACCACGACACACGCCCAGCAUCUCUGGAUCUGCUGCGGGACGCGCGUUACGCACACGGGAUUACUCAUUUGUUGUUUCGCGAGGAAGAUCAUGUGAGGGGGGCAUCUGCGCGUGCUGAACCAGUGGGGAAAAGGGAGAACCGUGAUCCGUAAAGGUAUACUCUUUCAGACCGAAGACUAUACCAAAAAAAACCCAGAGGAUAUGAAGCUGAAGGGCUUUUGAAAUCAACUGUGAGUGCAAAGACAUCCGUGCAAAGGACCCUACCCCAGUCUCCUACUUGCUGGGCCUUGGCUAUCCAGCCAGGUCAAAGGUCAUCUCCAAGCAUGCUGCCCACCUGCCACACCCCCUGCCUAAGAACCCUCCUGCCACUGGUGGGCCUGCUUCUGUCGCUAAUGUUGAUCAGCAGCCAUGCCUUAUCUCCCCCUCGGUUCACGAAGGUCCCUGUUGACCAGAUCGGUGUUUCCGGUGGUGUGGUCUCCUUCGUGUGCCAGGCGACAGGUGACCCCAAGCCUCGCGUGAGCUGGAAUAAGAAAGGGAAGAAGGUCAACUCUCAGCGUAUCGAGACAAUCGAGUUCGAUGAGGGUGCAGGUGCAGUCCUGCGGAUCCAGCCACUACGGGCGCCCCGUGAUGAGAACAUUUAUGAGUGUGUCGCUGAAAACAGUGAAGGCGAGGUCACUGUCAAUGCCAGACUGUCCAUAAUUCGAGAGGACCUGCUUCCACCAGGUUUCCCCAACAUCGACAUGGGCCCGCAGUUAAAAGUAGUGGAGCGUACACGUACAGCAACCAUGCUGUGUGCUGCGAGUGGUAAUCCAGAUCCUGAGAUCACCUGGUUCAAGGAUUUCCUGCCCAUAGAUCCCAGCGCAAGUAAUGGGCGAAUCAAACAGCUGCGGUCAGAGGGUACUCCUAUUCGAGGCGCCCUCCAGAUAGAGAACAGCGAGGAGACCGACCAGGGGAAGUAUGAGUGUGUGGCGUCCAAUGUGGAGGGCGUCCGUUACUCCUCCCCUGCCAACCUAUAUGUGAGAGGUAGGGAGCAACACGGCCCAGGAGCUGAGUUGAUUAAAAAAAAAAAAGGCUAAACAAAAAAAAAAAAAAAA